CUUCCUGCUCGGUGUUUGGGGUCCAACAUGUCGGCGUCUGUAGUAAACAUGCUCACACGAAUGUGUGCGACGAUCAAACCAGCUUACGUGUGGUUAAGCCCCGUUGGCGUUGUACCGAGUGCGAUGGGGCGCUUACGGAUGGCUAGCAGCAGUACUGCGGAACAAAAAUGUGCAGUUGUGGAGUCAACAGAGGAAUACAAAUAUGUAGAGCGACUGAUCCCGCCCACUAAGAUUCCGACUCCACCUCUUCAUGAUGGCCCCGCCCCCUCUGGAUGGAGGCCUCCAUCAGCAGUUACUCCAGAUCUGCCUUACAUGGUCCGCCGCUCCCGCCUGCACAAUGUGCCGGUCUACACAGACCUCACGCAUGGCAACCGGAAGACAACGCUGCUGCGCAAGAUUGAGGGCGACAUCUGGGCCUUGGAGAAUGAUGUUAAGGAGUAUCUGGUACAGCUGACUGGCAAAAUCCCGCUCACGCAAGUCAACGAGGUCACCAUGAGCAUUCGGAUCAAAGGACACUUUGACAAGGAGCUGAAGGAAUGGUUGUUGGAGAAAGGGUUCUGAGGACAGCAUUUCUGAAGAUGCAGAAGACGAAUGAAAAUUCUUAUGGGACUUUUUUUUGUAAAUAAUAAUACUGUGUUUAUCAUUUCUGGAAAAGCUUAUUGCUUGAUUAAAACAAGCCUUUUUAAAUCUGGA